AUGAGUUCUAUAAAGUUGCUAUCAUUCCCUUUGCUGGUAUUCUCAGAAAUAGUUCGUUCGAUGGGAUUUUUGGAGAUAUUAGAAUUGUCUCAAGUGUCUCGUCGCACACUGAAUUACCUGAAUCUAGCCAGAAUAUCGGUGGAACCGAUUCAUAUUAUAAAUGGAAUUGUGGAUAAAAUGACUAUCUUUAAUGAGAGCUGCACUGAAAAAAAGUUCCAAAUUGAAUUUCUGAAAACACCUCAACCAGUAGUUGGUCAGAUGAAAGUGAACGAUAUUUCCAUUGAUGUUUGCAAGGAUGCAACUCAACAGAUUAUUCAGUGUAACUCCAAUCAAUUCGGGUACGGUCUUGUUCAUAUAUUGACACAUUUUGACAAGAUAUUCUAUCGAAUGGAAUACGCUAUUGGAAUUGAAUUGAGCACACUGAAUGCAAUGAGAGGGAUACUGUGUCAUUCUAUCUUUAGAAAAUGCGAUUAUGUGCAGAUUAGAGGGAGGACAGAGACAUUAUCGAAUGAGGACUGUGAAUAUCUCCUGGAGAAGACUCAACCAACCACUGGAAUUACAAUUUUCAGCAAAUUGAGUCCUGACUUUGACUAUAAAAAGAUCCUUCACUUCUCCCGUCUUCGUGUAGUUAAUCUAGGAAAAAUGCCUCUUGAAGACUUGAAGGCGUUAGAUAGUGAAAUUGCUAUUCUGGGGAAUCACCAGUUCUCUGAAAGUGAUAUCAAUGAAUUGCUUCAUCACUGGAUUGAGGGAAACAAUAGAAAAUUGAGACGUCUUCAGCUGGAUGGAUUCAAAGAUACUCCAGAUUGGGACAUCCUAUUGAAAGACAUCGUUCAUACAGAAUGGAAUUCGAGGGAAAGAGAAAGAUAUUACAAAUCAAAAUACACUGAUAAAGUGGAAACUAUCGAUUGUGAGAAUGGAAUGGAUUUCAGAAACAGGGAUGGACAACGGGCUACUGUAGUUCAUCAUUCGGAAUUCUUGGAUUUUCUGACACCUGAACCAGUAGUUGAUCAAAUGAAAGUGAACAAUGUUCACAUAAAUAUUUGUGAAAAAAGCACGCGUCAGAAAGUCAUUCAUUGCAAUUCCAACCAAUUCGGAUACGGUCUUGUGCAUGUGUUGACACAUUUCGACAAAAUAUUUCACCGAAUUGAUAUUGCAUUUGGAAUAGAACUCAACACAUUGAAUGCAAUGAGAGGGUUACUGUGUCAUCCGAUAUUUAGAAAAUGUAGUUAUCUACAGUUUCGCGGGGAAAAUGAGACACUAUCGAGUGAGGACUGUAAAUAUCUAUUGGAGAAGACUCAGCCAACUACUGGAAUUACAAUUUUCUGCAAAUUGAGUCUUGACUUCAACUAUAGACAGAUUCUUCAUUUCCCCCGUCUUCGUGUUCCAAAUCUAGGAAAGAUGCCUCUGGAAGACUUGAAGGCGUUGGAUAGUGAAAUUGCAAAUCUGGGGAAUCACCAGUUCACAGAGGCUGAUAUCAAUGAAUUCCUCCAUCACUGGAUUAAAGGAAACAAUAGAAAACUAAGCCGUCUGAAACUUGACGGAUUCAAAGAAGCUCCAGAUUGGGAUAUUCUUCUGAAGGAUAUCGUUCAUACGGAGUGGAAUCCAAACGAGAGAGGAAGAUAUUACAAAUCAAAAUACACUGAUGAAGUGGAAACUAUUGAUUGUGAGAAUGGAAGAGAUUUCAGAAACAAGGAUGGACAACUGGCUACUGUAGUUCAUCAUUCGGAAUUCUUGGAUUUUCUUAUUUGGCAUGACCGGCACCCAGAAUAA